AUGAAUCGAAUCUGCCGUAAACCGAACUGCUUCCUUUCAACUGCAACAAAUUCAGGAAAUUUUCCAAUCCCCGUUGGUGGCAACAAUAUAAACGCGAUUCAGAAAGGCGGUGUUCAAGAAAUUGAUACGAGAAGUCGGACUCGAAGGACAAGUGUAUUAGGACAUUGUCAAAACGACGACUACGUCCCUACUGUCCUGUCAAGUGAUGAGAAAGUGAGAUUCUUGCGAAAAUGUUGUGCAUCACCAUUGCUUCGUUUUAUUCUUCACCUUCUAUCGAAUUCUCGCAACGAAAAUCUUUGCUCGUGGUACGGUGGACCGUUUGGUGUACGAAUAUGGGAUACAAGAAAAUUCACCGAGUCUUACAACAUAGCCAUGAGAACUCAGAUGAAUUUUACGAAUGUGUCGAGAGCACUACAGGCUUGCGAGCAAAUCACUAUAGCCGGUAAUCGUCUAUGGAAACGUAUCAAACAAGGAGAAUACUCGUUUUUUCCCAGUUACAAAGGCCACGGAAUUCCAUUUAUUCCACACAAUGCUAUGCCACGUGAUGUUCCACCACACUUUCCAUUUGAAAGAUGUGGUGCCGUUAAAAUGCCUAGUUCGCAACCCGUUCCAGAUUACAGCAUUUCACACUCCGUAGUGAAAGACAAUACAUCGAUUUCCAUUCAAUACCACAAAGAGUCAUUCUACCGUAGCCCUCCGGUUCCGCCUCCGCAUACGUUGUCAAAUCGUUGUGCCCCUUUAAAAAAUGAUACUACAUCGCCUUCUACUCAAUUUCUUAUUAGUCCGACGCCAUCAGUUCCUUUCACUCCACGAAAUCUCCGAAGUCAUGCCUACUCAUCGAUUACGUCACCGUGUCUCGCACAAAUUCUGUUCGCCGUUCCCACGCCUCCACCGUCUGAUACCUCGUCCACAUCAACCGAUCCUCUUUGUUUUGAUGAAUCCUUGUUGUCACAGUCGUACAGCCCUGAAAACACUGUUGACCUAUCUAUCUCGGCUGAAUUUUCUACUUCUAUCGGGUCUACGUGCACAGAAACGUCUUCCGAAUCAUCAUCACCACCACCAGCACCGAUUCAUAAAAAUGACGGAUCUGUUUUCGAUGAUUACGAAACGAAUCCCAUUAAGAAUCUUUUUGAACGGCUCAGUCAGGAUAUUUUCGGGAACACUGCUUCAGUGUCAGGCUUCGAUCUAUCGAUCGACGAGACAAGUCUUCUUUAUCACUAG